AUGGUGAUCAAAUCUGAAUUGCCGCAAAGCUCGCAGAGAGAUGCACAGCAAGAACCUCAAUCAAAUGACUGGAAUGGACCUGAUGAUCCAGACUGUCCAUACAACUGGCCAAUGUGGAAGCGGAUCUAUAUGACCAGUAUCCCAGCAUUGCUUUGCAUCAACGUGUCCUUUGCCUCUUCUGUUUACACAUCCGGUGCCGAUGACGUAUCCUCGCGUUUUGGCACCUCUCAUACAGUGUCUCUUCUUGGCCUCUCCCUCUUCCUAUGGGGUCUGGGGCUCGGAGCCAUUAUCGCGGCGCCCGUUAGCGAGUAUUAUGGACGGAGGAUUGUAUACCUCACAACUGUCCCGAUUUUCGGGCUCUUCAUCCUCGCCUCAGGUCUUGCGCAAAAUUUCACCACUCUGGCCGUCUGCCGCUUUUUUGGCGGCUUCUUCGGAAGCGCAGUGGUUUCGGUGGGCGGAGGUACGAAUGCAGACCUCUGGCCGCCGACUCUCGCAGGAUUUGUUUAUCCUUUCUACUUCGUCUCCCCUUUCCUUGGGCCUGCUUUUGGACCCGUUAUCGGCGGUUUCGUAAGCGAGAAGAAAAGUUUCCGCUGGCUCGAAUGGGUGAUACUCUUCAUGGUGGCCUUCAACUAUGUCUACGCCCUUCCCCAACCCGAAACUUACAAGAAAACGAUCCUCCAACGGCGAGCAAAGGCGCUUAAACAACCCAACGCCUCUCCUACAACAGAUUCCCCCCCUCUGAGCGCCGUCAUCCAGCGGAUCGUUCUCAAGCCGUUCAAGAUGCUCUUUGUGGAAUCCAUCGUGCUCUUCAUGACCAUCUACAUGGCGUUCAAUUUUGCUGUUUUCUACAGCUUCUUCGCCGCCUUUCCCUACGUAUUUGGCGGCAAAUACGGAUUCACGCCCGGCCAGGAAGGGCUCACAUUUAUCUCAGUCGCACUGGGUUGCGUCAUCGGCUUCCUCGCAGUCGUCUACAUCGACCGGCGAACGUAUCCGACACUCGAGGCGAAGUACGGUGUCGGGGCAGUCCCGCCUGAGCAUCGUCUCUAUGGCGCCAUGGUAGGCUGUGCCCUCAACCCAAUCAGUCUCUUCUGGUUUGGAUGGACAGCCAAUGCUGGCGUGUACUGGCUGAGCCCUGUGAUCGCAGCCGUUCCGUUUGCUGUGGGAAACAUCAUGGUGUACAGCAGCGGUGCCCUUUAUAUCAUGAACUCAUACGGGUCGCUCCACGGCGCUAGUGCUCUGAGUGCUAAUAGCCUUCUUCGGUAUGCAGGCGGUGGCGCGUUCCCCCUGUUUACCGUGCAGAUGUUCUCUUCUUUGGGGAUAGGAUGGGCCAGUAGUUUGCUGGGCUUCGUAUCCGUGGCCUUGGUACCGGUUCCGUGGGUCCUGUAUAAGUAUGGCAGGCGCAUCAGAGCACACAGCCAGUACAUUGUUAUCGAGGAGUUGUCGGCUGAGAGCUCGUCAGUGGAGGCUGCAUGUGAGACGGAAUAG